AUGGAGAUCUCCCUGGAGCCGGCCAACAUGACCAGGGUCCAGCACUUCGUCCUCCUGGGCCUGUCCACCAGGCUGAGCACCAGGGACGCCCUCUUUGCCGUCUUCCUGGCCCUCUACCUGCUCACCCUCCUGGAGAACACGCUCAUCAUCUACCUCAUCUGCAGGCACACUGAGCUCCACAAGCCCAUGUACUUCUUCCUGGGCAACCUCAGCGGCCUGGAGAUGUGCUACGUUUCUGUGACCAUGCCCACACUGCUCGUGGGGCUGUGGACUGGGCCCUACCGUAUUUCCUUCAUGACCUGCAUGACCCAACUCUUCUUUUUCAUAACCCUCAUCGGAACAGAGUGCACCCUCCUGGCCGCCAUGGCCUAUGACCGCUACGUGGCCAUCUGCCGCCCACUGCACUACCCGCUUCUCAUGCGGCCCCAGGUCUGCCUGGGCCUGGCCCUCUCCUCCUGGCUGGGUGGCCUGCUGGUCUCAGCAGCAAAGACAAAAUGCAUCGCCAGCCUGACUUACUGUGGCCCCAACGUCCUCAACCACUUCUUCUGUGACGUCUCCCCUCUGCUCAACCUGUCCUGCACCCACGUGGCCCUCACGGAGCUGGUGGACUUCAUCUCCGCCAUCGUCAUCUUCUGUGGGACACUCCUGGUGGCCUUGGCCUCCUACUCGGCCAUCACCAUGGCUGUGCUCCGCAUGCCAUCGGCUGCCGCCCGGCGCAAAGCCUUCUCCACCUGCGCCUCCCACCUGCUGGUGGUGGGCAUCUUCUACUCGGUGGCUCUCUUCAUCUAUGCUCGUCCCAGACGCAUAGAAUCCGUGGAUCUCAACAAGGUGCUGUCGGUCGUCUACACAGUGGUGACACCCAUGUGCAACCCGGUCAUCUACUGCCUGCGGAACAGGGAGGUCCAGGCAGCUUUCAGAAGAACCCUUUGGUGGUCCAGAGGUUGA